GAAGUUGACCUGAGUGCAGAAGCAUUUUUGUUAAACGGAAGCACACGAGAGGAGAUUUGGCAUGCGGCCAUCGUAGAAGCGUUAGGAGAAAAAUCAGACAAUUAUUUGAAGUUGAUAUCUAAACAAUUGGUCGGAAUACUCCUAAUGAUAUUUGUGAAGAAAGCACACAUGCCGUAUAUAAAAGAAAUCCGAAAUGAUUGUGUGGGAGUGGGGUUGAUGGGCAUGAUGGGUAAUAAGGGUAGUACCGGCAUAAGGUUUCAAUUUUAUGAUUCGUUUUUAUGCUUUGUGAAUUGUCACCUGGCGGCGGAUCCGAACGGGCUGGAAAGAAGAAAUCAAGAUUAUAUGGAAAUAUGUCGACGGAUGACUUUCCCCGUUAACACGAAUGAAGGAUAUUCUUCACUAUAUGGCUGGGUCGGCGAUUACAUAGCGCCUUCAGCAAAGUAUGCGGCUGCCGCUGUCGUCGGUAUGGGGGGCAUGGUCGGUAUACCUGGUAUCGCUUCAAUGGUUGAUACUUCUCCAAGCGCCGUGGGCGCAGGAAUUGUCUUGUCCAUAUUUGAUAACGA